UUAGCAGUUCUUUUUUUUUCCUCUCUCUCUCUUUAACAGACCUUUAAUAUCAGUACAGUUGAAAGUGACAUCUCAGUGCACAAGAGUACAGAGAGACUACAGUUCUGGAGGUUCUCUCCUCCCAUUUGGGACAGAGGAAGGAAACAUGAGGAAGAACAUGCAAUCACAAACAAUGACCAACUCCAGUUAAGAGUCUAAUCUAGCUGGGCCUGAAGGAACAGUAACAUGCACUUGGUUAAUCUCUCUGUGCCUUGGUUCCCCAUUUGCAAACUAAGAACAAUAUGCCCAUUGUAAAAUAUCCUAGGACUGUAGAACCUCUCUGGAUUGAAUGGGACAGGAAGGCACAGAAAUGUGGAUUAAGACAUACAAUUUAUGCUGUCAAUAGGGAUCACUAUACUGGGGAAUGGUUGGACAAUUUGAAGCAUGGUAAAGGUACACAGACCUGGAAAAGUACAGGUGCAAUAUACAAUGGUGACUGGAAGUUUGGAAAACGGGAUGGAUAUGGAACAUACAGCAUUCCUGACCCUGUAACUAAAGAAUAUAAGAAAGUGUAUUCAGGCUGGUGGAAAAAUGACAAAAAAUGUGGCUAUGGAAUUAAGUUUUACUCAGACAUGGAAUAUUAUGAAGGGGAAUGGAGUGGCGGGAAAAGAAGCGGCUGGGGCAGAAUGUACUACAAGGAUGGUUCCAUCUAUGAAGGACAGUGGUUGGAAGACCAACACAGUGGCCAAGGAAUGCUUCGCUUAACAAAUGAAAAUCGGUAUGAAGGAACAUGGAAAGAUGGAAAGAAACAUGGCCUAGGAAAGUUUUUCUACCUGAAUAAAGGCCAGUUGUUUGAAGGUUUCUGGGUAGCAGAUUUUCCGAAGUGUGGAACUAUGCUUGACUUUGGACGAGAAGAAGCUCCUACUCCUACACAGUAUCCAAUACCCAAGAUUGAACUGGCCAAUCCAGAUGAUGUUUUAGAAGAGGCCCAGGCAAUGCUUGACAACAGCCAAGAAUGAGAACAGACUGAUGAUAAAGAUAUGAGAAAAGAAUACAAGACUCAUUGUUACUUCUUCAUUUGAGAUCUAUGGUUCAUCUUUCUAGAUCUAUAGUACAUGAGACGGUGUGUUUUGUAAAGCAGAGAAGCAGCACCAAAACCUACUUAGUUCUCAAGAAAUUAAUUAGUUCCUCAAAACUGCCACAAUGUACACUUCAUUCUGUAUUUCCAUUUGGACAGGAUCCAUUUUACUCAGGAGUUUGGACGCUGAAGAGGCCUUAUAGGAAGCAAUAAUUCUGCCCAUGAAUAAAUUAGAAGUAGGUGUUGACCUCCUUUGACACUAUAUUAUAGAAAACCUAUGUCUGAUCGUAAACCAAUUGCCAGGCUGUUUUAAUACCAGAUGGCCAUGGUCAAGUGGGCUGAAAGCCAAGCACACACUUGUUAGGAUAUAGAUAUUCAGGCCUGUUUGCAAAGGCCUGUACUUUAAGAAUUUAGGUGUAUUCUUAUCACUUGGCUAGUUAGAGGUAUAAAAGAAAGAAUCAAAAUCACUG